AUGAAGGUGAUGAUACUGAAGAAUUCAGCGCUGAUUGGUGAUAACGAGAUUACCACCAUUCAGUCCGACGAUGGUAGUGAUACAUUUUACUUCGCAGCGAAGGAAUUAGCAACUGCACUUGGAUACGUUAGACCGAAUGACGCUGUUACCAGGCACACGGAAGAAUGGAUGAGGAUAACACUUGAAAAUAUAAAGGGGUCCGUGUUUCACGGACCCCUUUGCAUACCCGGUGGUGUGCAACCCAACAGAAUUUUCGUCACCGAACCUGGUCUGUAUAGUCUUGUAUUCGGUUCGAGAUUACCUACCGCUAAAAAUUUUCAACGGUGGGUAUUCGAGGACGUUCUUCCCUCCAUCCGAAAAACGGGAACGUAUACGUUACCUGGUGUUAUAAAUAUGAUCAAAGGUAUCGAUGAUAUGGAAUUACGUCGACUUAGGGAUACCGAACGAAUAGAAGCACGCCAUGAACUGGAUCACAAAAGAAAUAUCGUCAAGGAUCAACGGAAAGCCGAAGCCGGAAAAAAGGGAGGAUUAGCUGUUCAGGAAAAAAUCAGACAGACUGAAAAGGAACUGGAGAAAAAGGAAUUCGAAGUACAGGAACAGGAAGAAGAGAUUACAAAACUAUAA